AGUAUUGAGUAAUAUAGGAAUAGAUUCGUGAAAGAAAGAGAAGAGAAAUAGUUGAACGGUGUUAAAAUGACCGUACUUGUGCAUAGUGGAUGGACCACUAGUAGUGGAUGAAAGGUGGAACAAGUUCAGAGCAAUCUGGGAAUAGCACAUUCUAAUGCUAAUCUCUUAAAGCAUUUUGAAAGGACUAGAAUACAAUACAUCAAUCAGAAUCAUUGGCUCACCCCUUGACUAUAGGCAAAGGCAUUCAAAUAGUGUCAAGCUUAAGCAAUCUCUCCCUAACUUUUUCUGUUUAGCUUUUUACUGAUUUCACUUGCAAGGCAUCAUUAGAUUAAAUUAAAUUAAAUUUUAUGAAAAGCAUUUUUGUCUGCUUCUCCCCCAUCCCACUUCACCUAAAUGGAAAUUGGAAAUAGCUCACUCUCUUUUCUAUGUCCAAUUCUAGCCCACACACCCCACUACCAAUUUUGUCUUUCUGGUUUCAACUUAGAACAAUAUUUCCGACAGAAUACUGUAGGGUGUAGCAGUGUUUGUGUAGCCUAGCUACUUCUCUGACUCACUCAUGCAUCAACAAUUCCAUUUCGUUCUCAGCUCUUGAUGUCCAUGCAUUUCCAUGACUUUUUUCUAUCCUUUCCCAUAAUUUACUCUAUAAAUUUCUCAGUUGGCAGAAAAGAAGGCUCAGUUCCUUUUUCCCCUCUCAGUUUGGAGAAGUGACACUCCUCAGAUAGAGCAUAUAAUUGAUAUACGUUCACUCAAAAUCAGGAUGGUGACUUGUUUCCCUGCAAUUAUGGAUUAUUGAUCAACAAAGUUCAAAUAACAUCCGCCUUCACCACCUUGCUAGCAUUCCAAUGAUUCUUGCUUCUCUUCUGAACUGACAAAUUUGUCCCUGAAUUUGUCCUGAUGGCCAACAUUCCACGUUUCUUUCACUCUUUCCAGUUCUUGGCAGUGCUGUUACUCAAUUCCUUCUACUCUAUUUUCCCGCCUUGUGUGUCACUAACUUUGGAAACCAAAGCGCUUCUUCAGUUCAAGAGCCAUUUGAAGGACUCCUUCAAUUCCUUGGAUUCAUGGAAUGAAUCAGACUCCCCAUGUGGAUUUUAUGGAAUUACAUGUGAUCCAGUUUCUGGGAGAGUCACAGAAAUCUCACUAGAGAAUAAGUCCCUCUCUGGUGACAUUUUCCCAUCACUCCCAGUUCUGCAGAGUCUGCAAGUUCUGUCACUGCCAUUCAAUUUACUUUCUGGAAAGCUUCCAUCAGAAAUAACCAGCUGCAGCAACCUCAGAGUGUUGAAUUUAACUGGAAAUAAGUUGGUUGGAGCAAUCCCAGACCUGUCAGGGCUGAGAAACCUGCAGGUUCUAGACCUUUCAGCAAACUACUUUUCUGGAAUCAUCCCCAGCUGGUUGGGGAAUCUUACUGGACUGGUUUCACUGGGUCUUGGGGAGAAUGACUACAGUGAGGGUGAGAUUCCAGAGACUAUUGGAAAUCUGAAGAACUUGACCUGGCUCUAUCUUGGUGGUUCACAUUUGAUAGGAGAGAUUCCAGAAUCAAUGUAUGAAAUGAAGGCAUUGGAGACACUGGAUAUUUCAAGAAACAAGAUCUCUGGCAAACUUUCUAGAUCAAUUUCCAAGUUAGAGAAUAUUUACAAGAUUGAGCUCUUCUCUAAUAAUUUGACAGGAGAAGUUCCAGCUGAGCUUGCAAACCUCACUAAUCUGAGGGAGAUUGACAUUUCUGCAAAUAACAUGUAUGGUAGUUUGCCAGAGGAAAUUGGUAAUAUGAAGAACUUGGUUGUUUUUCAACUAUAUGAAAACAGAUUUUCUGGAGAACUUCCCGCAGGAUUUGGGGAUAUGCAACAUCUCAUUGGGUUCUCAGCUUAUAGAAACGCCUUCACUGGGAUUAUUCCAGAAAACUUUGGCCGGUUUUCGCCACUUGAAAGUAUUGACAUAUCUGAGAAUCAAUUUUCAGGUGAUUUCCCAAAGUUCUUGUGUGAAAACAGGAAGUUGAGAUUUUUGCUUGCAUUGCAAAACAAUUUCUCUGGUACUUUUCCGGAGUCUUAUGCUGCAUGCAAAUCUCUGAAGAGAUUUAGGAUCAGUAAUAACCAGUUAUCUGGGAAAAUUCCAAAUGAGGUUUGGGCACUUCCAUUUGUACAAAUAAUUGAUUUGGCUUAUAAUGAUUUCACUGGCGUGGUACCUUCAGAAAUUGGGUUAUCUACUAGCUUAAGUCAGAUAGUUUUGAUGAUGAACAGGUUUUCAGGUAAGCUCCCAUCAGAGCUUGGUAAGCUAGUGAACUUGGAGAAGCUUUAUUUUAGCAACAAUAAUUUCUCCGGUGAAAUACCACCUGAAAUUGGUUAUCUGAAGCAGUUAUCCUCUUUGCAUCUAGAAGAGAAUUCAUUAACUGGAUCAAUUCCCACAGAACUGGGUCAUUGUGCAAGGCUGGUGGACUUGAAUCUUGCUUGGAAUUCUCUAUCUGGGAAUAUACCACAAUCAGUGUCACUUAUGAGUUCAUUGAACUCUCUUAACAUAUCUGGAAACCAACUUACAGGUUCCAUUCCAGAUAAUGUAGAGGCAAUAAAGCUAAGCUCGGUGGAUUUUUCGAAAAACCUGCUUUCUGGGAGAAUUCCAUCCAGCCUUUUCAUUAUUGGUGGAGACAAAGCUUUUGUUGGAAACAAGGGACUUUGUGUUGAGGAAAACCUAAAGCCUUCCAUGAAUUCAGAUUUGAAGAUUUGUGCCAAUAAUCACGGUCAGACAAGGGUCUUUGCUGAUAAAUUUGUCUUGCUCUUCUUCACUGCUUCUAUUUUUGUUGUUAUUUUAGUUGGGUUGCUGCUUUUGAGGUGUAGAAGCAUCAAGCAGAGUGCCGGAAAAAACAUGGAAUGUCAGAAGGAAGCAACUCAAAAAUGGAAACUUGCGUCUUUCCACCAAGUAGAUAUUGAUGCCGAUGAAAUAUGUAAUCUGGAUGAGGAUAAUUUAAUAGGAAGUGGUGGUACGGGAAAGGUUUAUCGAGUGGAGCUAAGAAAAAAUGGAGCCAUGGUGGCUGUCAAGCAACUAGGGAAAGUAGAUGGUGUAAAGAUUUUAGCUGCAGAGAUGGAGAUUUUGGGGAAAAUUAGGCACAGAAAUAUACUUAAACUUUAUGCUUGUCUACUUAAAGGAGGAUCCAACCUGUUAGUGUUUGAGUACAUGCCAAAUGGUAAUCUUUUUCAAGCUCUUCACAGACAAGUAAAGGAUGGGAAGCCAAACUUGGAUUGGAACCAGAGGUAUAAAAUUGCUCUGGGAGCUGCAAAAGGAAUUGCCUAUUUACACCAUGACUAUAAUCCACCAAUUAUUCACAGAGAUAUAAAAUCCAGCAAUAUUUUGCUUGAUGAGGAUUAUGAGCCAAAAAUUGCGGAUUUUGGUAUUGCAAGGUUUGCAGAAAAGUCUAAUGACCAGUUGGGUUAUAGCUGUCUAGUUGGCACACUUGGUUAUAUUGCUCCAGAACUUGCUUAUGCCACUGACAUCACUGAAAAGAGUGAUGUUUAUAGCUUUGGAGUGGUGCUAUUAGAAUUAGUGUCCGGCAGAGAACCCAUUGAAGAUGAUUAUGGAGAAGCAAAGGAUAUUGUUUACUGGGUUUUGACUCAUCUCAAUGACCGUGAAAGUGUUCUCACUAUUCUUGAUGAUAGAGUGGCACCUGAAUCUGUUGAAUAUAUGAUAAAAGUGUUGAAGAUUGCUAUUAAGUGUAUCACUAAGCUUCCAUCUUUGCGCCCCACUAUGAGAGAGGUUGUCAAGAUGCUCAUUGAUGCUGAACCUUGCACAUUGAAAUUUCCUGACAGCCGUCUUGAAGAUGCGAAAGCUUUUCUCUAGUGCUCUUCUUUACAAAGCUAAUGUAUAUACCCUUGCAAGCUCCCUUGAAUUAUAUAUAGUUUCUGUUUGAGAAACACUUUUUCAACCUUGUCGACAUUUAUAUGAUAAUUAUGCCUUCCUAAAGUGUUAUCCAAGCUGGCAAGCUUUUUUCUUUCUCCUGUUUUAUUGCUUUGCGUGUAUGGGUAUCUUGCUCUUUUUACUUUACCCCGUUUUUUUUUUACUUUAUUUUUAAGGCCUAUUUUUUAUUCGAAUUGCUUAAAAAACAUGCACUCAAUCGAGUUUCCCU